AGUCGUAUAGAUGAAGGCAGGAAAAGCUCCGAUGGAAUAAAUAACGACAACGCGGAGACGUAUGCAACAUGCAUUUGAUUGGUUUAUCGCUCUAAACCUCCGAUGGGGGUUGAUGAUUAUAUUGUUAAAUGCGCUAACUGUCUGGAGGAACGGAUUCAUGCAGUUGAAAGAGAAGUGAAGCCUGGGUUCAGUAUAUGCGGGCACUGCACGCUGAAACGAUGUUCUACCUUUAAAUUAGAUACAAUUCUGCUUUUCCUGUGAAGUACCUUUCAUCAUAUCCAGGGUCUGGUGUGAGGGCAUACAGGAAAAGACCACCAAGCCGUGUAGAAUGAUAUUAGCUCUUCGUGACAAGAAUUAUUGAAGAUAUAAACACCACGGGUUCACUUCACUGAAAAUAUAAGCUGGUCGUGAAGCUUAACUCUAAUGCAAGCGUUUUCUGGGUUAAAGCAGACUGGGCAGAUGUUCAAAUUCAAGAGUUAAAUUUCUAGUCCGACGGCUGCGUGUGAUGAAGAACUAUGGAGUGUAUCUGAAAAUAUUUUUUGUUUCUCGUGUCCAUUUAAUGUAAGGCAACGGGAAGUGGAUUAACUCAUUUUUCGGAGCGUUUGCUUGUGUCGAUGCACUAGCUUGCAGAUAUAAGAUAUAAACUGUGUAACGUUGUGGUUUAUUGGGAUAUUUGUGAAUAACUGUUAAAGGCAAAAUGAAGAAAUCCCACGGUGACAAACUAAAACCGAGCGACGACGUAACUCAGAUGAGUCGAAAAGGCGCCAUAGCGCGCAGCAGGAGUAUAGACCACCAGCUAAAUGAAGAAAGAGAAAAGCGAGAGAAGGAAAUCCAGUUGCUCAUAUUAGGUGGCGGUGGCUCUGGAAAGACCACUUUCAUGAAGCAAUUGCGGCUGCAUUAUGGAGACAAAUUUCCUGAUGAAGAAAGGCGGCUAUGGAGGCCUCAUGUAUUCCAAAAUGUUGUCGAUGCUUUCCACAGAAUAAUUAGUAACAUGGAAGUUCUUGGCGAAGAAAUCAAAUCAGACGAAGGCAAAGCGAGUGCACAGGAACUAAAUAGACUCUAUCCAAAGAUGUGCUACCAGCGUCUCCUAGCCCUUGAAAACGGAAUCCAUGCCAGCCCAAAAAAGAACAGAGACCAGUUGUUACUAGAUCUUCCGUCAGAGGUAAUUAAGCUACAGAAAGACCCUGGAGUGAAAGCGAGCUACGCUACAAGGAACAGAUACCCUCUGCGGCUGUCAGAGGCAGAAGAGUAUUUCCUUAACGACUUUGAGCGUAUCUGCGCACCCUCAUACCUGCCUACAAUCAAAGAUAUCCUGUUCCUGAGGAAGCCAACUGUCGGCGUGCAAGAGAUGUGUUUGACAAUCAACAGCCUUAACUACAGGGUGAUAGAUGUAGCCGGCCAGAAGAGUCAAAGGAAUAAAUGGAUCCAUUUUUUCGAGGGCGUCACGGCUGUCAUCUUUUUCGUGUCGCUCAGUGGUUUCAAUGAAAUGUUAGAAGAGGACAGCACUAUGAACAAUCUUCGAGACAGUUUGCAGACGUUUCAGGAAAUGACACACAAUCAGUACUUGACGAAAACAGAUGUUAUGUUAUUUCUCAACAAGCACGAUUUGUUCAUGGAGAAAAUGAAGAGAUUUCGUUUGGCAGAAACAUUUCCGGAGUUCAGAGGCCACAACACGCCGGAUGACGCGCUGGGGUUUAUUAAGGACGAAUUUUACAGACGUGCCCCACCUGGAAAAAGCCUCUAUACGCACGUUUCGUGUGCGAUAAAUGUUGAUUUGAUGAAAACAAUCAUUGAAAAUGUGUUGCAGAUUCUGGUAGAUAUCAACUUGCGUCGUACUGGAUUAAUGUAAUAUCAUGGCUUAGAAGUUCUGCCGAACGUCUGCCACAUUAUAUAUACAGGGUAUAUAUAUAUAUCCUGGUACAAGCGACCCCUUUGUUUUUAUCUCUUAAUUACUUUUAAACAGAAACAUACAGACACACGAAUGCACGCACAGUAUUAAAUACUCUCACAGCCGAACACAAAAAUGAACAUCAAGCAAACAUGUUAAUUAAAAAAACUUUUGCGGCAGAGGUCUUCAUGAUUUGAUUAUAAAAUGUGAAUACGUAAAUUAUUUUGAUAUUUUACAUUCGCGCAAAGUAUUGUAAUUUACUUACAAAACGGUAUUCAAGGGUUUGCUUCGAUGGACGAGAGCUUGAAUGGACUAUUAAAAAGGCUGUAUAGAUUGUCUUUAUUUAUUUAUUUAUUUAUUUUUAAUUUUUGUUUAUCUGCUAUAUAUUUGUUGUUUAGUAUUGUUAAUUUUCGGUCCUCAUAACUCUGCAUGCGUAGGAUGCUGCUUGAUGUGGUAUAACUGGAUGAGGAUUAGAAUUAUAUUCCAUAUACAUGUAUAUAUAGCCCUUGGAAGUUACAGAGGGGCGGUUAGAAUAUUAAUUAUCUUCGAUUAUGUAAAAAUCAUGUAAAAAAAAUUGUUAGUUACAAAAAUGUACAUACCUAUAAAACUAGGGAUACAUAUACAAUGGUUCAUUCAUUUAAGAAACGAUCAUAAACUGUAAAUUUACACUUAUUGUAAAGUUGAUGCACGCUUUUGUGUGGUGACAGUGUUCAGGAAGACCGCGAUAAAGUGGAAUGUUUCUGUGAAGGACAAACUGUACAAGGGCGUUUUCUAUAUAAUAAUAAUGAUCAGCGGAACGCUAUUUUGUUUGAACUUGCUUUGCUCAUGUAUACUAUAGUAUAUCAAGAUUGCAGUUGUGUAAACAAAGUCAUAUGCUUCAAAUAUAUAUAUAUAUAUGUACCUGGGUUAGAGCCUUGCAGCAUACGCAGGAUAAAUCGAAGCGUGCAAUAAAAUCGUCUUUGAUGUCCACACACAUUUCGGAGAUUUAUCUGUUGUGAGUGAGUCUUACAUGUACAUCUUAGCCAUAACAAAACUCUUGGCUUCGUUUGUAAACACGCUGUGUCUUUUUGCAUGAAACUGAAUAUUUCGUCUUUUGUUUAGCACAUCAGAUAGGC